GCAAAGCCCGUCUCCAAGAACGGUUAACAAACAUACUCGAGAAGAAGCACUCUGAGAGUCGACCGCGCGCGCGGUCUCCCACACGCUCAACAGCAGUUUUCCUUUUCUUUAUCGUUACGGGUGAAAAAUGAAAAUCGAAAGGAAUCUAUUUAUUUGAUCGACGAUUGGAUUCAUAUCAUAUAUCUCGCGUGUUAACCACCUCGCGACUCGCGGGGCGAUCGUAUCGUGAAAGAAAAAAAAAGAUGCGUCGAGUUUUAUCGCGUAAGGUAGGACGCGAGUAUCCGAUCGGCAGGUGCACGCACGCGUAACGCGUAUACGUAGAACCAAACAAGAGUCGGAUCGUCGGAUGUCUGUCAGACGCGAGGGCGCCCGGACCGCGCCGCGCCGAGCCGAGCCGAGAGGAAGCAAUGCGCAUGCAAAUGCAGUCGACGUCGAGGUUCGUGGUUCGUGGUCGGUGUCGCGUCCGCGUCCGCGCCCCCGCCCCCGCCGUGGCCACGACGAUCAUUGUGUAAACUUAUGAUCGAAGCAACACGUGGCUCCCUCGAUCGAUCGAUCGAUUUUCCAACCAGUUAGAAGUGCAGAGUGUGCAGGGUACAGGUCUUCUCAGGGUUUCUCAACCUUUCGCAACAUCGCAAGCUUGUCUUCUAAAUCACCGAGAGUCUCUCGAGUCGUCGGAUUUAAUAAUCGAUUGUCUGGAUGCGAUCGUGCGAUGCACUUUACGCGUGCAUGCAAAUUGUCCGCGCGUACCUAGUAUGCGUGCAUGUAAAUAUCGUCCCGUUUACAUUACAUAAAAACUCGGCCGGAGAGCACGUGACGAAAUUGCGUCACCUUUCAACAGGCUUUCCUGAGCACAAAAGCAACAAAAUUACCGAGCGCCUAAUCGAAAUUCCAAUUAAACGUAAAUAACACUUAUCCACGGCACGGGCGCGACCGUUCGAUCCGUUUCAUUUACGAUUUUCCACAUAGGUUUACUUUUCAAUUAAUGAUUUAAUACGUGUAUUGCUCGCGUAUCAGAAUGAGAAUAAUAAUUGAAAGAGAAAUAGAAAAGGAAAAAAUGAAGAGACGAGUCAUUAAAGAUACAUAACUAAACGUCACGAACGUAAGGUUAAAAGAUUGAAAUUGCGUGUUGUCGAAGGCAUAACUUUCGUCGAAAGAAACGCAUGACGAACGGCGAACAGGGCAUCGAUUCUUCCUGCGAGCAAUAACUUUGUUUAUUCGUAUUCGUGGAAUAAACGUGCAACGGAUGAGCUGGCGUUACAAAAUUACUCGCUCACAAUCAGCCAAGUUGCUCGUUCUGUAACUGCGCCACGCUAAUCCAAGUAACACACAUACGCUUUACGCGUACGGCAUAAUUAUCACGUAGAAGAAUACGAAAGAACGCGAUGGACGCGAUGGACACGAUAUACACGGUCGUCGACUGUUCCACAUUUUUUGUACCUACUUCGAACACCGUGUAUCGAGCCCCCCCAUUGUUACAAGCGCUAUCAAAUAUAUGAUAAAAAUCAAAUAUAGAUAUUACAAUACAAUAAUAGGUCAAAUAAUAGGUAUACGCAGACGUGGAAAUCGUUCUUAUGACUUGUUACAAAAUAUCAACGCAUAGGUACAUAUGAUGUGUCUCUAACGACUAAUCAACGAAUUCACGACGAAUCAACUAUUUUUUCGUUUCGCUGGUUUACAUUACGAUAAAUAUUAUCGAAUACAUAGAUUAACGAAAACGAAAACCCCCCGACACUCGAUCCAAACGUUGCGUUGGAAGAAAGCGAAAAAUCAGUGACGCGAGAUAGAAUCUCGAGGAGUUGAAUCUGGAGAGUCACUUUUAAAUAUAGACCGCGUGCGCGCGCGCUCGCGAUCAUCGCUACCGCCUACUCUCUUUGAAAAUUUCAUCUCGGACAUGCAAUGUUGGCGUUAAACAUUUCGAUAACAUACGAGUACGUCCUCGACUCAAUCUUCUUUGCACCUACACGCUAUACGACAGUUGAAUUCUCUCUUCUAUUCCUAUUUUUAAUAUUCGUCGAUAAAAAUACAAUGUAGGUAUACCUUUUACGGCAUCGAAUGCAUUAACGAGCACGUUUGCAAAUCACCAUUCAAAGGAAAUUUUAGCCUUUAUACGUGCAUUUCGGGCAACCUGACGCCCUUUUGGCUAUUGAUCGUCGUCUGAAACUCGCAGCAAACCCUCCGAGCCACGCAUACCUCGCGCAAAUUGGUUAACACGCCAUACCGUGGCCGUUCCGGCCGCGCCGUAACAAGAUUCGUAAAACGGACAAAUAUUACAGAGUUACAGUUGCGUCAAUUUUCUGCAUUUUCUUGAUAUCGUCCAAUCAUUCCGUUUCGCUUCGCAAGUAAACCACGUUCGCGCAUAUCGAUUCGAGGAAAGGAAUUCUUUCAUCGAAAGAAUCGACUAUGGAUUUUACAUCGUCGAUAGAAGCAAGUCAGCCAGCAGGCGUUCACAUUUUUAAGGAACGCCAUGCCACCAAGCCACACAUGCUGCGGCGACUUGGAAAGCGGAGCGGCCGUCUUUUUUCAGCUGGAGCCGACGAACAACAUUCUGCUUAGCGAAGGAAAACCUAAUCGCGCGUUUAAAUUAAUACGAGAUUUUGUCGGUUUCUUGACAUAGCGCUACGUUUUUUUUUUUUCAUUUACGAUACCGCACUGUUAUGCAAAGAAACGAUAUUUAUUAAUUAAAAAUACUGUUCAGUUUCUUUAAUUAUAAUUUUUAACGACUAUUAUUUAUAAACCUGGACAUUUUAGCAAAACGAACGCGAUUUGUCAAGGAAAACAAAAGUAAAUAAAAAUACAAAGGAGCUUGAAGAGAAGAGGUACCAUGGGGAAAAUGGAUCGCUGUUUCGCGUCGCUGCUGUAUCGGGUAUCGCUGGGCACGCUGACGGAUCAUAAUUACGCUGUCGACAUCCAAUUGAAUCCUAUUCAUUUUGGCCGCCAUCGACACACGUCUCACUCCAGUGGCCAUCGGCGUCGUAUUGCCGUCGCCGUUGACGCCGACGCGACGCGACGCGACGCGACGCGACGCGACGCGCUAAACAUCACCGCUUCUCCCGCGCAAAUAUUGCACCGAGUUGCUGCACGAUCGCUUCUCGGUUAGUGUAAUUACAGCCUGAACCAAACUAUCGGACUAUCGUUUUCCGCGGAACGAACAUGAUUACAAGAUCCUUAAAGAUUAAUCGUUAAAAGAAAAACUGUACAAGUGGUGUGCGCGAGUGUUGAAAGUGAGACGGUACGCAUCAAGGUGUCGUUAUCUAGGUUUUGGUAGCUGGUAUUAUAGAGGUUUAACAAGUUCUACGAAGAAUAACAAGAUUAGAUAAGAAAGCGUUAGUCAGGCGUAGAUUAAAGUGAUUCCGUUAAAAUCUCGAAAGGAAAUUAUUCUACAUUCCUCUGUUACGUAUUUCGGUGGAAAAGAUUCGUUCGAACGUGGCCCGUUAAAAUACAACGGACCAAGAAUCAAGAAUGCAAAGUGUAAGAGACCUUUCCGACUAGACCGGUGAAACUUCUCUUUUUAUGCAAUUGCAAAGUCUGCGAGGGUAACAAUGGUCAGUGAUCAAUGAUUCAAUGGACAAGGAAACCCUCCUUCGGUGGCAUACAAGCGUCUUCGCGAUAUCCCGAGAAAUCAUCCUGGACUAGCAGUAAAGUUGGCUCUAGCGUAAAUUGCAAUGUGUUUCGACAUUUGCAACAGUUGGAGGCGUAAUAACGAAAGCAUGCGUGUGUCAUUCGCGUCGAGUGCGUUAUCGCAUAAUGCCGUUGGCCUGGUAAUAGACUUAAUCGAGAGUAAUAGACAGUGUGCGUCUACCUAUUAAUAGAUCAAGCAUUGCGGCGCGGCGUGUGCCACGAUGCACGAUACUUCGAUAGCGCAAAACUUUCUCUGCGAUCUUUCACGCGUAAAACCUCACCUCGCGCUUUUCCCCUCGAAACACAAAGUCCCGAAUGCGAAUAGCCCCUGUAUAUCGAAUAAAUAAAUUAUUCUUUUUAUCGAUGAUUCGUAGCAUCGAGAAUUUCACGGCGUCACGAGUCAAGACAAGUUGCCUACUCCGACACCAACGGCGAGUGUAUUUACUGUAUUUUCUUUUGAUUGUCGUCAACGUAGAAAUGACGAAUGUGUGUCACGACGCCGACGCCUACGCCAACGCCGACGCCAACGGGCGGAUUUCGAACCGUAAUUCCAUUUUGACCUGGCAAACGAUCAAGAGGAACAGUUUCGGGCAAAGAUUGGUGCGGACAGACGCGACGUCGACGCCUGCAUUGCUGGCCUUUCAGCGAACCGCGUUAUUUUUGGGGGUUGAUGUAAACCGGCUGCGCCUCUUGCACGAUGAUGGCAUCGGUUUUUCUGCAAACCGUAAGUCAUCAGCUAUGAGGUCAUCGUCUGAGGUGAUGGAAAGAAACGGAUGUUUCGUGCUAAGAACGACGAGUGUAGAGUGUAACGCGAUUCACAUGGAGAAACCGAUGAAUCACGGUCGUAGACGCUCGGAACGAACACGAUCGCACCGUGCCGGUAUAACGAAAACAACUUUAGUCGACCAAUGUUUUUUCAAGGAAUGUUGUAAAAGUAUCAAAGAAACCGGGAGAAAUUUCGACCAACAACGCGGAGCAUUCGGGCAUCGGCAUCGGCGUCGGCGUCGGCGUCGUCGAAAGGAAACGAAAAGUCUCCACUUGCGUGACGAGUGCAUCCACACGACCAGAGACCGGUCGCAAAAGACAAAAGGCUCUCGAACCAGUGAUUACGAAACGAAGCCAAUGCCAGCGCACCGGCAACACUUGAGACAUCUUUCGAUUUUCUGUGAAACGAGCGACGAAACAACGACCGAACAACGUCGCGACACGUACGUAAGCAUACGGGAACGAAAGGUAAUUCAAUUAUCGCUAACGCGAUUAGGCCCAGACCAUCCGGCGCAUUUCCGUAUUCCAGCUGGAAAUUUAGAUUCGCAAUCUAACGGCCAAUUAGCGACUACGCAAACUUGAUCGAUAAACAGGGCUUAUUGUUAGACAAAAUCACAAAAUAAUACGAGUAUUUACUAUUGAAAAGCGUCGGGUUUUACUGGUGUAUCGACUAGUAUCAUACUAUACCAUAAGUCCAUCGUACUUUUCGAGCGAUAGGAAUAUGUACUACUUUGCGCUGCAUACGCAUACGCAUACGCAUACGCUAUUACUUCUUCGACUCGAAGCGCAGCAUUAUAUCGACGAGAGUGAAUAACGAUCAGUGAAAAAGAACAGAUUGGACAAUUUUCCACAAUUUGACGUAACGAAGCGACAAACAGGAGACGAUAGAGGGGAAGAAACUACAUAAACGAGGGGUAACGUUCCUCGAUUGCACGCGAUCAAGAAAAUCUUUCAGGAGCGUAAUCGUGAUCAAAUCACCCAAUCGCAUCGCAUCGCUGUGAAACAAACAAACAGGCAAAUAUUACGGAAGAGCCUCGUGCAAUUUCCGACACGUGCGUAUUUUCAUCUCGAGUUUAUCUUGCCCUGGUUGUAUACCAUACGUGCACUAUUCUAGCGAAAGAAAAGAAUACAGUUAUUGUACCGCGAGAUGGAAAAUAUCCGUUUCGAAUAGAAGAAAUGCAAGACAGUAAGUACGCGACACGUGUACGAGAUGCAGGAUGUAGAAUAGCCGAACGAUGAUUGCGUCCUCUGGACAUAAACUGAUGACGAUCGUUUAGGAAUAAUGUUGGUGACCCUUACCAAAAUAUUGGUUAUUACUAUUGUACCGAAAUAUUCGACAGAUGUAAAUACAAGUACUAGGAAUUUUCCUAAUAGAGAAGAGACCUCUUUAGCCGGUCCGAAGCGCGUGCAAGAAUCGCGCUGGUCGACCGAUAGAGAGUAGACACACGUGCGCACGAAACGGGUGGAGAACGGCGCAAAAGUGGGACGAUCGUUCGCGUUUCAAGAACAGAACCAUAUAUGAUGCGACGUCGACGCCGACGCCGACGCCGACGCCGACGCCGACGCCGACGCCGACCCCGAUGCCAGGCUGUAGCUCCGCAACCACGCGAACGAAGAAAGAGGAUGAAACUUUGACGAAACCAGGUCCGGGAAACAGAUCACGCGAAUUACAUAUACUUACAACUUAUCCAUGCAAAAUGAAAUCGUGCUUUCCAGGUAAUCGCCGCCGUCGUUUUGCUAACAGCCGAAAUUAUUACCUAUGAUCGGUCAUGGAGACUCGAAUAAUCUAAGACCAAGAUGCUGAUUCGAGAAACCGCUGCACGGCCCUUUCCAGUGUUUUCCGAGGUGAAACUGAGAACCACCACGGUGGGCUAGACGAUAGGUUACGCGGUGGAGGGAUCGUAUUACAGAAGCCAUCGACCUAGCUCGUGCUUUAAAAGAAAAGUUGUUCGCGAAGAAGCGGCUUGGUGUGCAUCUCAUUGCCACGAAAUUUCCAAUUCCGAUCCACUUUCCAGAGCCCCCCAAGCAAUUCGAUAUUUCUACGUAAAUACAUGUAUGGUGAUUCGAGAGACUAGGUUGUGCUAUGAUUAUUUCCUGCGCGAAUGCAGUACAUUAGACCGGUGCGCGUCUCGAUGCAUGCGCACACGUGCAUCGGGGCAAGGUGCAUAUGCGCACGCACUUCGUGCUUCUAAGCUCAUUCAUAACUUCUCGAACGCCAAGUCCAUUCACCGUGUUCGACGCGCACAAAGCGGUUCCUUUGUUUUCCCGUGAAUCAACGUUUUGCAUUAUCUUUUCCCCCGUUGAAACGAGUCUAUCGCCCCCGCUCUAUCUCGAAAGAACCGUCGAGGUUUGUAUUGUUGCGAUCGAAAGAGGACCGAGAGACCGACUAUAGGCUACGAUAGUCGAGAGUUGGAUCAGUUUAAGGGGAAUCCUAGCACGGUACGAACCGCUAAAACUGAUAUCGCCUUUCCUAUUUAAUCCGAUAUCUCGUCGUACAGUCUUGCAACGAUCAGGAAAAUCGUUAACGCAAAGCAGUAUACACGAUAUAGUUGAAGAAACCAAGACUCUUUAAAGGUUAGGUCAAACGAGAUGUUUAAAUUGUUCCGCGACCAAGACAAGUACAACUUUUCAUUCCUAACAAAGUCUUCUUUGAAAGAAACCAACUCGAACUGUCCGUAUGACUACAUAUAUGGCCGAGGUUUUCGGAUUUUACCUUUCUUCUUUUUUCUUUUUUCUUUUUUUCCUAUAAAUAUCUACGCUGCAGUUGGUCGAGUGAUGCUCGUUCGAGAGAGAGACAAGGUUCGCUUUGUGCGACCGGAAGUUCAAAGGAGGGUCGAAGCAAGCCGUUUCCUUUGCUGGCUCCGUUGAUCCUCGCGAUAGCGAACGCACACUCGCGCGACCAAUACCAUCGAGAUCCUCGGAUGUUUAUUCUGUUAAAUUGUUGACGCCCUCUUUCUCUUCGUGGAAAUUUCCUUUACUACGAUACGAACGAGAGGACAUUUCAAUGUUGUUAUUGUAGAAGAAUUGAGCGUCGCGCCGCGAGAUUGAUACGUGUACGUUCGUAAAUAUCGAGGAGAAUAUAUGUGUAAUAUAGGUUAGUUCCAUUGGCAAAAAGGUGUCGAGUCGUGUGAUCGUGUUUCAUUCGUCUAGUUGGAGUAGUUUGCAGACUAGAGAGCAGAAACCGUUGGUACAAGCAUUCUAUGUUCAAGUUAUCGUUCUAACGAGAGUUCGGUAAAGAACGUUUCGCGAGACGAUUGAGUCGAGUCUAUUCUCAUAAGCUCGUGAAACAUCGAUUUCGACAAUGUUAGUAGUGCAGCGUUCUGGCCACGAAAUGCCACGAAAAUGCCAUUAACGUCAACGACCAUCGAGACCGUUCCUGCACCCAAACGAACACGAUUUACCUGAGGCGGU